AUGGAUCCGUACAAACCGCCAAAACAGCGAUUACUGAUUUCCAGAAAUAUUUUUGGCAACUACGGCCCUCCAAUUCCUAUUUUUUCUGACCUUGAAAUCAACAGUCAAGAGAAUUGGGAUAUUCCAGAAACACUAUGCUUCAAUUAUAUAACUGACAAUAUUAUAAAUACACAUACGAAUAAAAAACUCCAUCAACUUAUUGAUAUGUCGAAUGAAGGUCAAGGCUGGAUUACAUGUGGAUGCAGUGUUGGUGAAAAUGGAUUGGUUAAUUGUUUUGAUAAUCCCAAUUGCCCAUGCUUCGAAGUGAACAAGACUUUGGAGGCUUUGCAAAAGACCGAUGAGCAGCGACCAAUGAGAACUCAGUUCAAAACAUUCAAUCAUUUGAAUGUUCGUGGUCUCGAUGAGUAUUUUGACACAUUCGCAUUUUGUUGCUCCGAAAAAUGCGCAUGCCAAGGGGCUUGUAGCAACAAUGUUAUGUACAUGACGGAUAAAAAUGCACAUCGCUUCGAAGUUUAUCGUUACGAUGAGAAGGGGUUUGGUGUGCGCGCAAUGUCCUACAUUCCUUAUGGAACUCCAGUAAUAGAAUUCAAAGGAGAACUUGUGGAAUAUAAAACAUGUUUGGAACGUGGUUCCAAUGAUUAUUCAUUUCAAAUCAAGGAUAAAAAAUUGACAAAAUUGGAGAAUGCAAGUGCCAAAAUACUAAAAAGCAUUCCCGGGUACGACCAGAAUUAUGCAAAACUAGUCAAGGAAACUCUUUGUCUACCCUGGUAUCUCGAUCCAAAAACCAACGGAAACGAAGCGAGAUUUAUUACACAUGGAUGUCUUCCAAAUCUUUCUCUGAUUAUAGCAUUCAAAGGAGGAUUUUCACCGCAUCAAAUGCAUUGUCUUAUGAUAUCAUCAGAGGAUAUUUAUCCAGGAACACAGCUAACUUUCGAUUAUGGCGAAAGCUACGCUUCGCAGCAUCUUAGUGGAAAUUGUCUGUGUGAAACUCUCACGUGUCAAAGAAAUGAAGAAUUCAAAGUUAUUGGACUCGCCACACAUUAUAGUUUUAUUCGCGAACACUACUUUUAUUGCAGUUUCGAAAUUUUUACGAAGAACGUCAAUCACAUUUAUACUACGCACAUCGAAAUCUGUUAA